CACACGAGAGCUGCGGACUUCCCAUUCCUACUUAUGGAGCUUCAUCAGAAACGCCCCUCGAAAGAAAGGAACCUACGCUUCACACCAAUACUUAUCUAUGGAGACUUCAGUUCCUUGAAUCGAUCUCCCUCAUCCCCGUUUACGUCCUUGUCCGGCUGCAUGCAUGGGAGUGACUGUCGGAAAUCGCAGCCAUGCCGGACAGCAUCUCCAGUUCCCAGUCGGGUGCCACGUCGCGCACCGUAUUCCCCAAAGGCCCCAGCUUCAGUCUCGAGGACUUUUCUAGUCGCGACUAUAUUGUCAAAGAUUUUAUCGAAUCCUUAUCCGACAGCGCCCAUCCAUCACGGCGAUCUGGUGUCGGUGCCCCCAACAGCUCGAAUCAACCUUUCGAUCCGAAACCCCUCAUCCGAACGUUCGAAAAUGCCCAACGCAGGCUCAAUGAUCUGUCUGGCGACCUGGAGAUUCGCGAAAAUGAACUAUCGGCCGCAGUCCGCAGGGCGGAAGCGCAGCAUACCCAAAACCUGAAAACACUGGGCAGGAAGCUCAACGAGACUAUCGAAUCGUUCCAGAAGCUGGACACGUCUCUGAAUGGAGGAGGGGGCAUCGCUGCGGAAGCCACCGGUGGUACCGGAAAUAUGGCGGUGGAAAUCGGCAGGAAGCUGGAGGAGCUUGACAGGCAGAGACGACGUGCGCUGGACGCGCAUUUCUUGAUCGAAUGCUGGGACGAGGUCUGUAAUAGGGGAGAAAUCACGCUUCUGGAGAGUCUGAGGAGAGCUGGUAGCAGUGAAGGACGGAUACGCUCUGCUCACAUUGCACGCCAGUUGCUGAGAAUCAGCCAGAGGCUCGACCCGCGAAGCUGGAACGAGACAAAUGGAGGAGGUAAGGGCUACACAAACGGUGGUACAUCCCCUGGAGCCAACGAGGCCGGAGGCACCGGAGGCAACGAGGAGAGAAGGAAUACAAGGGAGAUUAUCGAGAAAUUCUCCGAGACGCUCGAGAAAGAUCUCUUGAAGCAGUUCGACGAUUUUUACCGCAAGGCCAACUUCGAUGGAAUGAAAGAUUGCGCAACUGUGCUUCGGGACUUCAAUGGCGGUUCCAGCGUCAUUGCGCUUUUCGUCAACCAGCAUCAGUUCUUCAUUGAUCGCAGCCAGUUAGUUAAUGAUGAAGUAGGUGGAGAUCCAGAGUCAUGGGAGAAAAUGGCCGAUCCAGAUGCCGAAACCCCCGGCGUCGAACCGAGUCUACAGUCAUUGGUGGAUGAAGUCAAAGUCGUCGUUCAGGAAGAAUCGGCUAUCAUCAAGAGAGCUUUCCCGUAUUACGAUGAAGUACUAGGGAGAUUUCUACAGAGAGUAUUCCAGCAAUCCAUUCAGCAGCGAUUGGAAAUGGUUCUGGAGAAAGCAAGCAGCGUGUCUUCGCUUGCAUUCCUGCGCUGUCUCCAAAGCUCGCGGAGUUAUAUCAGUGCUCUAGUGGAUGAUCUCAAAGCUCAUGGCUUAACUGAGCAUCCCGAUGCGAUCUCAUCGCAGACGGCCGUUGUUCUCGAUCAGCAGCUGGAAGAUCUCUUCGUACCGUACUUUGUGGGUUCAUCGUACAUUGAGCGAGAGAAGAGGAAUCUGGAGGAACUAUUCACCGCUUUGAUGUUCAAAUUCACAGCCUACCAUGCUCGCAGAAAGAAAGCCGCGACCACCUUCAUGGUAUCUCUGGCAAAAUCGGGGAGCGAAUUUCUGGCCUCGGCUAGAGACGCCUACGUGAACCGCCUUGACUCUCCCGACUUCACCCCUACACAAAAGAAGACUCUACUCCGCAUUGCUGGCCUUAGAGAAUCAACAGAAUCGGUGAAGCAACCUGAUACAGAACUGACAGAUGCGGACGGACAGCUGAACGUAGCAUUUGCGAAGCGUAUGCUCAAGUGGCUAGCUGAGGGUGUCGGCCGUGGGCUCGAGCUCAGUGUUAACAGCGAAACGCCAAAGGAUGUCUCCGUGCUUCUGGGCUUGCUUUUGUCGAUGGUAGGUGAAGGAUACAUUGAAGUCGCUCUUGACGCCGCUCUCGAUUCUGCAGCGGCUCAAGAGACCGCUAAGACCGAGCCGGAUUUCGGUUUCUUGCCCAAUCUCCAUGCCGCAAUCACUAUCACAAACCUGAUGAUCACUUGUAUCAACACGGUACUAAUUCCCCUUGCGGCGGGCGGCAUAACUAUCCGUCGGGAAAUGGAGAAGCGGACAAACAUGCAAGUCAACCGGAUCGAAGAGAAGAUCAAUACUAUCGAACAGAGGACAGUCGAUGCAGCCUUGACGUGGGUGACACGCCUUUUGUCCAACCAAAAGAAGAACGACUUCCGGCCCCGCGAAGCAGAUGGCACAGAAUGGCUGGAGAUGUUGCAGACACCGACAGCUGCUUCUGUAUCCACUUUUCUUACCCGCGUACACAAUAUUGUUGUCACGUCUCUUCCAGCAAGCGGCGCAAACGUUCGAAAUCUUCUCACUGAGCUUGCUUUGGGAACUAGAAGCAUCCUGCUGGAGCAUUUCAAGCGCUUCUAUGUCAAUGGACCUGGUGGUCUGAUGGUCACCAAAGAUGUGACAAGAUACGUUGAACUACUCAAGUCUUGGAACAUCGAGGAGGAUGUUAAAGCUCCUGGAGGUCUUUUGGACGUCCUGCUCGAGGUUGGCAGUCUGUUUGUCAUCGGUCCAGAAGCCCUCAGAGAGAGAAUCCGCGGAGGCGCUGCAGGCGGCGCAACUGGAGGACCUGGCAAUUCUGGUUCAAAUAGUGGAGGCGCACCCGCGCAAGGGAAGGGUGCUACAUUGUCCGUGCAAGAAGUCAGAGCGUAUGUUCUUCGCAGGGAAGACAGCAACACUUACGCAAUGCAGAGCGUUCUGAACGCUCUAUAACCUUGCAAGGUCUCUUCUCAUGUUUCGUUGCUAUAUGGCGGGAGAUUAUUAUGGUUAUACUCCACGCACAGCUCCACUGCUCCUGCUUUACGAAUUGUAUACCCCCUUGCAAGCUUAGCUGUUUUAACAAUGUGAUGCCAAUCAUCGACUGUCGUUGGUAUAGAUAUAUCUGAAUGGGACCCUAUGUGUAUCCGAGAGUAGUGGUAUAGAAAUGGAAGCAAAUAACUAUAGUUCGA